CCCAAGAACCCCCUCCCACACACUCUCUCUCACUCCACACGAUUUUCUCUCUCUAAAUUUUACAGCUCACCAGAGCUCUCUCCUUCUUCCCUCUCCAUCACAGUCUCCAAAUUAACAGACGAAAGAAGACUCUGGAGCUCUGCACUCAACUGCAGUACAGCUCGCAUUUCAAAUUGUGCAUGUUAAGAUGCAUUCAAUCCGCAGGGUGGACGAAGAACGGGCAUUUAUCUCAGUAGAUAUUCAUAUUUGUGUGCGUUUUCGUGUGUGUGUCUGAUUGUGCUACAAAUGCCAAGUGAGAGGAACUGCAGCGCCGUGUUGAAUUGUGAUCAAUCAGGCGAAGCUUCGUCUGCCUCGUGUUGAAAUCUGCUUUUGCCAGCAGCUGUCGGAUUCCUGCCAUUUUAAGAAGAUUCUUUAAUUGAUUAGCGUGCAUUGUGUUCACAGCCAGAACAUGGUGCCACGAGGGGGUUCUACACCACUCGGUGGUGCCCAGUCUGUUCCGACUUCACUGUUUCGAUCAAAUUCUAGUCUAUUGGGCGGUCAAGGAGGUUCAUUGCCAUCACAGGGUGGGUUUUCUCCUUUGGGGUCACCACGAACACAAUUUGGAAACAUGAAUAUGUUUGGUAAUGCUCCCAAUGUUGCAUCUAUCCUGCAUCAAUCUUUCGGAAACGGUGGCCCUACUUCUGGGCUAUCUGGACCUGGAUCUACUCAGAGGGGUCUCAUUGAUAAUGGGGCUGAACCAGAUCCACUGUCCGGCGUUGGAAAUGGAAUGGGUUAUAAUGCAUCUCCUUCAUCAUCAUUUGUUUCAGUGGCAACACCUACAAAUUCUAAUAUGGCAUCUCAAGUACAAGUGCAGCAGUUUCCUCAUACUGCUGGGGAUCAAGUAAUGACAGAUCAACAACCACAGCAGCUCAAUCCCAUUAACUUUCAGCACAAUCAACAGCUGCCACAGUAUUCUACCCCGGACAGUUCUCAAUCACAGCAGCAACAGCAAUUUCAACCAAUGCGAAGUGCGCAAGGAAGUAUUGCACCUGUUAAAGUGGAGCCGGAGGUCAUCAAUGAUCAAACACCCCAGCAGUUGCGAAAUCUAGCCACAGUAAAAUUGGAGCAGCAGCAGCUACAGAAUAUGAGAAGUAUUACGGCUGUUAAAAUGGAACCUCAACAUUCUGACCCAUCAUUGUUUAUACAGCAGCAGGAGCAACAACAUCCACAACAACAGCUUCUUCAGAUGUCUAGGCAGUCCCCUCAAGCUGCUGCGAUGGCCCAGCUUUUGCAUCAGCAGAGACUCAUGCAGUUCCAACAACAACAGCAGCAGCAGCUCAUGAAGUCUAUGCCUCAACAAAGAACCCCACAACAGCCACAAUUUCAUGCGCAAAAUCCGGCUGGAAGGUCUCCAACAAAACCAUAUUAUGAGCCUGGGAUGUGUGCACGUCGGCUAACUAAUUACAUGUAUCAGCAACAGCACAGGCCUGAGGAUAACAGCAUGGAUUUUUGGAGAAAAUUUGUAGCAGAGUAUUUUGCGCCAAAUGCUAAGAAAAAAUGGUGUGUCUCAAUGUAUGGAAGUGGCCGCCAGACAACUGGAGUUUUCCCUCAGGAUGUGUGGCAUUGCGAAAUUUGCAACCGUAAGCCUGGGCGUGGAUUUGAGGCAACUGUUGAGGUCCUGCCUAGACUUUUUAAGAUAAAGUAUGAAAGUGGCACAUUGGAGGAGCUACUCUAUGUCGAUAUGCCCUGUGAGUAUCAGAACUCUUCAGGCCAAAUUGUCCUAGACUAUGCCAAAGCAAUUCAAGAGAGUGUCUUUGAACAACUUCGCGUUGUCCGUGAUGGCCAGCUUCGAAUUGUAUUCUCACCGGACUUAAAGAUAGUCUCUUGGGAAUUUUGUGCCCGACGUCAUGAAGAGCUUAUACCUAGAAGAUUGUUGAUACCUCAGGUAAGUCAUCUAGGAGCUGCAGCACAAAAGUAUCAAACUGCUACAACUCAAAAUGCAUCAUCUAACAUCUCUGUUCCCGACUUACAAAAUAACUGCAAUAUGUUCGUUGCCUCAGCUCGUCAAUUUGCAAAAGCUUUGGAAGUUCCAUUGGUUAAUGAUUUGGGAUAUACAAAGAGAUACGUGCGUUGCCUUCAGAUAUCGGAAGUUGUUAAUAGCAUGAAAGAUUUGAUUGACUAUAGCAGAGAAAUGGGGACAGGACCUAUGGAGAGCUUGUCCAAGUUUCCUCGAAGGACGAACUUUUCACCUGCUACUCACAAUCAAUCUCAGCAGCACAAUGAGGAGGAUCAGCAGCCACAACAACAGAAUAUGGGUCAGAACACCUCCAACCAUGAUGAUACUUUUGUUCAAGCUACUCAGGUUCAACAUGCAUCUGGAAAUUUAAACGGCCCUUUGAGCUCAGUACCCACUACUACUUCUAGUAGUAAUGUUGCCGGACGACUGCUGAACCAAAACUCCUCCAUGAACCCUAGGGGGAAAAAUCAACCCCCCACAUUGAAUGGUAGUGGUGGUGGUGGUGGUGUAACCACCAGUCCCUACACCGGAUCUGCAGCACUUCAAAUGCCUUCGCCUAGUAACUCUAACCCUUCUCCGUUCCAGCCUUUGAACCACCCCCCAUCUUCAUCUAAUAAUAACCCUCCACCACAAACUUCACAUAAUCUCUUACCAUCACCGGGAUCACAUAUUAAUUCUGCAAGUUCCCCAGGUGAUAUCAUGGUGGGGGCUAACGAGUCACAGAGCUCCGUGCAGAAAAUCAUAAAUGAGAUGCUGAUGUCCUCCCAGCUUGCGGGGGGUGACACGAAGACUAUGAAUAGGGUGUUGGGAACAAACAGUAACCCUGUCCUUAAUGGCAGCAAUUGCCUUGUGGGAAUGAAUGGGAAUGCUGCAGGCGUUGGAUUCCGAAACAUAGGAAACGGGAUCAACAGCCAUGGCGGGUUUCGAAGUGGAUCUGUGAAUAAUGGAAGGGUAGGCAUGGGGGCUUCCAUGGGAAGAGACCAGAAUACGAACCAACAUCAGCAACAAGAUUUCCCGGGAAGUCAACUGCUCAAUGGUCUUGGAUCUGUCAAUGGUUUCAACAGUCUUCAGUUUGAUUGGAAAUCAUCUCCUUAAGAGGACACCAAUCCAUGUUCCCGAGCCCAAAUCUUUGCUCGAGACGUUCUUCUUGAUGAUAUAUAUAUAUUUAUAGAGAGAGAAAGAGAGAGCCACGUUCACUCACCGUCUGAUUAGUAGGGAAUACUAUUGUCCACCAAAUGGUGAUGAAGAGAUAAUUUGACACGGGGCCACAGUUUGUGAGAAAGGAAAGGAAAGGGGAAGGAGAGUAUAGUGUUUGGAGUGUUACCGGGGAGGACAGGCAGAAUCAUUCUUCUAACUUCGUUUUGCCUGAUUUACCAUAUAGUUUGUUUAUUAUUUACUUAGCAGCCAGCCUUUGGGAGGAGGAAAUUUUUAGGGCUAUUGGCUUACCACCCUCACGUUGUCUCUGCACAAUCUGCAGAGCAUGACAUUG